AUGGGCAGGAAGAAGAGCUCGAAGAAGAGGAAGCGAGGGAAGGGCGCAAAAGGGGAGGGUGGCACAACAGAAGAAGCAAUUCUUACAAUGGAAACGGUCGAAGAUGAUGAAAUGCGACCGGAAAAAGCAGGAAAACGAAAGAAGGCGCCCAGUGAGUUGGCUUUCGAAAAAUUCGCUAAUUCAGUCGUUGCCAAAAAAAUAGAAGGUUUACAAGCCGAAUUUAAUUCCUUAAAAUCGUUCACACCAAUUGAUACCAAACAAACAGCAUUUGCUGCGCACAAAGAACGGAAUCGUUACAGUAAUGUACCAUGUUUGGAUGCAACACGUGUUAUAUUAACGUUAGUUGAUCGCUUUCGUUCACGUAUCCACCAGAUUGACUGA